AUGGCGACAUCUUUAGCCAAUGUUUCGGAUAACUCGGCCGUUCGUGGCCGAGAGAAACUCCGUGACGUAGCCGCUCAGGCUAUAACGAAGGCCUGGAAGCAUUCAAGACCAGCAACGUGCGCAUUGGCAAAGCAAGUCAAUGGCUCUAGUCAUUCUUUAUUACAAGACGAAUUUUUUAAUGCGGUAGGCCAUCGAGUCUAUGGUAUCCUACAAGUUAACUCGUUCCGGAAGGGGAGACCCCAAAAUUAG